GCAUCCCCACAAUUUGGGCCAGAGAGGGGGAUAAUUUAGACAGUUCCAAAAGGCUGCAGUCGUCUUUUGUUCUUUCUUCGCUCAUUUGAAAAAGAAGGAAGCCAGCGGAAGCUAAAGUGUGUAACUUGAACGAGGAGACGCUGACAUUCCGAGAUCAUGAAGGCAACUUGCAUCCUUUGUGCCGUCGUGCUUGUCCUGCUUGUUGAUUUCCUUUCACAGACUUGCGCAGAUGACUCGACCGAGGAGGCAUCACCGGCUUGGCUAGCAGGCAACAGAAAGUUCCAUGGCCUUGAUCAAUUUCAAAAACGAUGGGGAGGGAGACACAUUCGACCCCAGGGACGUGUCCCAAGAGCGUAUGACCCCGAUGAUGAGGACCAGAUCGAGGUAUUUCGCCGUUGGGCAGGUAGACGAAUACCCUACAGAGGUGCAAUCAACGGCCAAUUCAAGCGGAACGUAGACAAUGAUCAGGAAGCGAUGGAGGACGUCUACCAAUAUCUGAGAAACUAGCCAAGAGGCAGAGGACGAGGAGACGUGGAGUUUUGGUGUAAAAACAAAUGCCUAAAAUCUAGUGUAUGAUAUCAAAAAUCCAAAUAUAAAGAUACAAAAAAACAAACCAAGAUGCACGCUAUUUGAGUUUUUAGGUGUCUUAUACGGGGUGCACCAGCUAAAUUGCAAAUAUUAGAACUAUUUUUGGAGGUGUUUCUCGUCAUUUGUACACCUGUCAAUGUCUUGCUCUAAUGUACUCCUGCUUCGCCGUAACCCAUUUCCCUUUCUCCCAAGUCGUGUACCCCACCACUAUCUGAGUAAAAAUCACGCUUUUUUCGAUCUAAGUCUGCGUUUCUCACCAUUUAUAAGCACUUACUCUAGCACUUCGACAUUGGUCUUGUUACCUUUAGCCUGCCUUACAUUAAGGACGUAUAUUUAAUGCAGUUUCCGUUUGUGAGUGUACAACAAACGCCCAAAUAAACGGGCUCAGUGGCUUCUCUACAGUACUCAUGCCAAGUAAAUUAAUUUGAUAUCACCCGACGACCAAGUGAAUAAUGUAUCAGAUUGAAAUCAUGUGAUAUUGGAAAAAUAUACCUUUUUAAAUGGCCAAUGGAUGUUUAACACAUUAAGUUUCUGUAAAAUUCCUCACGAGGUUUGUUGACAGGACAUUAUAGUAGGUACUUAAGAAAAUGAUAUUGCUAAGGGGUGAAUUUUCUGUAAGCAUUCAUUCUGCCUCGACUGUGACAACCAUUAAGAGCAAUUCAUUGGUAUUCAUCAAAGUGAUCAAUUCUACAGGCCGGGAGGUUGCCGUUGAUUGGCGCCCUCUUCCGAAUCACUCUCUCAAGGACGCCCUCUGUAAAGUCGCCCUCCAAGAGAGCGCCCUCUCAAACUUCUGUCGACAUUGAGUUUGAUUGCUCAUCCUUUAAAAUAUUAUCAUAUUGACUGACAAGUAUGAUAAAUAAAAAAAAAAACUAAUCUGUUAUCUUGCCCAAGGUGGAAGCUUUCCUUUUAAGGAAUCCCCUCGCACGACAGUAGGCCUUCAAACAUUAUCUGAACACAAUGUGCUUCGUUUUUGUUUUGUUUCAUAUUGUAAAGAAGACGUAAAUAAAGCACGUGACAUAGAAUGA